AUCGCCCACCUGACGUGCCGGCGGGAGGCGCUCUAGCCCGGCCGCGCGUCUCGCUGGCCGGGCGCUCGGCUGCCCCCUAGGGGCGGGGCGCCGCGCAGCGCCGGGAGCGCCACCUCCGGGAGUCCCGUGAUGGCGGCGGGCGGGCCCGGCCGGACCGGGGAGAGCCGGCGGGUUCCGCACCCCGCGGCCUUAGCGGGGAGGGGGGGGCCGACCCCCGCGGAGCGAGGGCCGCGCCCGCGCCGCCCUUAGGCCUGUGUUUAUAGUGGCCGCGGCCCCAUGACCAGGCCAGCGCGGUCCUGAGGGGCACCCAGGCCAGAAAGGACGGACCCAGUCGUCCGUCCGUCCAUCCGUCCCUGUCCCUCUGUCCCCAGUGGCCGUCAGCCGCCUUGGCACCACCCUGCUCGCACGCACGCAGCUCCCCACGGAAGGCCGUCGAGGGCUUCCCCAGCUGCCGACAGCACCGGAGAGCAAAUGUCGGCAGCAAUAAUUGAUGGCCAAGGUCGCCCUUAGCCUGUUGGGUCCGGCUCGUCUUUCCCUGCCCGGAGGUUUAAUUACCUCCGCUAACGACAGCCAGGGCCGGAGACUCCCCUCUGCCCUCCGCCGCCGCCCGGCACAAUGGCAGAUCCUGUUCCCCAUCAAUCAUUCAUGCCCCUGCUGCUGGAAGGGAUUUCUCGGGGGCUGCUCAACCGGGAAGGGGAUGGGGGGGAUCUUCCAACCUUCCCGGCAUUAAAUAGGCGCUGCCAGUGCCGGGGCAGGUCGGAGGCGCCUGGGUCACCCACGGGGGACGAACGCUGCUGUGUCCCCCGCUCCGGCGUCCCCAUGGGUGUCUUGAGCUGCAUGAAGUACCUGAUGUUCAUCUUCAACGUGCUGGUGUUUGCUGGGGGGACGUGCCUGGCGGGCGUGGGGGUCUGGGUGGCCGUGGACCCGGCUGGUUUCCAGGACAUCGUGGCUGCCAAGCCUGUGCUGAGCGUGGGUGCCUACCUGCUGCUGGCCGUGGGCAUCGCCCUCUCGCUGCUGGGCUUCCUGGGGUGCUGCGGGGCCCUGCGCCGGAGCCGGCCGCUGCUGCUGGUGUUCUUCAUCCUCGUGAGCCUCGUCUUCAUCACGCAGCUCAUUGGGGCUGUUCUCUUCCUGGUGCACUGGAAACAGAUCCAGCCGGAGCUCUUCCUGUCUGAGCUGCGGAGUAACUACCAUGGGGACGAGGCUCCUGAGGUCUUCUCUACUGCCUGGAACACGCUCAUGGUCACGGACCUGAAGACUUUGGGAAUGGCUCCCUCUUCCAGGAGCUGCACCCAGGGACACCCUGGCCGCAGGCAUGCUGCACCCGGGAUGGGCUCCUGCAGGCGGGCGAGCUGCUGGGCUGGGAGCAGUGCCGGGAGAGGAGCCCCGGCUACAUCCACGAGCAGGGCUGCUUCUCCACCUUCGGCAGGACCCUGCAGAAGUACAUCUCUGUCCCUGGGACUUGCAGCUUGGCCGUGCUGGGCAUUGAGAUCUUUGCCAUGUUCUUUGCUUUUUGCCUUUAUUACAACUUUGACUGAGCAGGACGAAGUGUGGCAGAGACAAGCCAAGGGCUUUGGAAACAGCAGCAGGCAAGGACACUCCAUUUCCUUGCAUGUGAGAGCACAGCUCUCCAGUUCAGCACUCUGAUUACUUCCCCAGGCAGGCGGGAGCCUUGCCGUGUCCUGUCUCUGCUCCAGCAGGCAUGUAAGGAUUGGCCUGGUUCACUUUUCUCAGAGCAGGGAUGGGAGGCAGGCUAAAUUCCUUGCAGGCAACCAUGCAGAGCAGGAGGCUGAGCAUCAAACUCACUCCCAUUGUGAUCUGCCAUCGGUCUUCACACAGUUAAACAGCUCUGGUGACGGAGUCCUGCCUCCCGUGCUCUGUCGCACCACCAAAAACUGUCCUUCUUCCUCCUCAUCCUCUCGAGCUUCUUGCCCUGCACCUCACCUCCCCAGCCUCUGCUCUCUUCCACACCCAUCCUGCUCCCAAACCUCCAGGCACCCUCCAGGCUUUUCUCCAUCCCUCUCAGCUGGUGCUUUUCACUGGCCACCUCCUGGAGGCACAACAGAGUCAAGACCUAGCCCAGGGCUUGUUAAAUGGUCCAAGCGGCAACUGGAAUCAAACAGGCUGCUCUAGAGAGCCAGAGUUUUGAGUCUUAGGAGUCUUAAUGACGGACUUAUCCUUUAGCAGCCUUGAUGUUACAAGGAAAAGGAAGCCUUUACUACAGAAGAAUUUCCACAAGCUAGCUCUAAUGUGUCUGUCGCUCAGCUUCUGCUCUCAGUUUGUUCUGAAGCAGGGACAGUAACAUAGAAGCCGAAACACUUGGUGCUGUUCCCACUCCUCAGAGAAAGC